GUCGGCCUAGGUAGGUUGUCUGUGUCUCCGGCCGGACCAGUCAAUACCAUACACUAGUACUUUUUAGGGUUUGCUAGUCCUGUGCUUCUUUCAAAUUCUCCAGCAUCUGGGAUAAAAAUGGCUAAUCAACUGCACGGUUACAACUCUGCCUACGGCGUGGGACCUGCCACUGCCACUCCGUCUCUUCCCAGCACAUAAUCGUCUUCCCGUUCCCUCGCCGACAUUGUUUCCGGCCGUUACCUCGUGUCAGACUCACUGUCCUCCGGUAUCUCCAUUAAGCACUCUGUAACUGAUCGAGGUGCCUCCAUGUAUUCGACCCAGAAAGAAGCCCUUAGGUUAUCCGCCGCCGACAUUGUUCCAAGAACGUCGCAUUUGGUGUCUCAAUACUCAUGGUCGGGUACUGAUGUUGCUGCUGCGCUUGACUCUGUUGUUUCUGGCGUAAAACGUUCGUCCGACGUGCUCUACGAUCAGACUGUUUUGGGUUCCUGUAACACUUUGGGGCAAAGUGAAGCUUGGUAUACUUCAAAUUCUUUAGCCAAGCGUCCUAGAUUUGAAAGUACAAGCAAUUUGCCUGUAUAUCCGCAGAGGCCAGGAGAGAAGGACUGUGCCCACUAUAUGCUCACAAGAACCUGUAAAUUUGGAGAUAGCUGCAAAUUUGACCAUCCUAUUUGGGUUCCCGAAGGUGGAAUCCCAGAUUGGAAAGAGGUCCCACAAAUAGCUAAUAAUGAAGAUCUUCCAGAAAGACCCGGGGAGCCAGAUUGUCCUUACUUUUUGAAAACUCAAAGAUGUAAAUUUGGCUCAAGGUGCAAGUUCAAUCACCCUAAAGAUAGAUCUGAUUCUGUGGGUGCUGAGAAAUCUGAUGUUUCAGCAUUACCUGAGAGACCAUCCGAGCCACUGUGUGCAUUUUAUGUUAAAACUGGAAAGUGCAAAUUUGGUGUUAACUGCAAGUUCCAUCACCCAAAAGAUAUCCUAGUUUUAUCUGGGGCAGAAAAUGGAAAUAGCGAACAAACUCUGAUGGAAGCUAAGAUAGAAGGAGGAAUUGGAGACUUCAAGCUUGUUAAGCCUCCUGUUUCAUUUCCACCAGCACUGAUACACAAUUCUAAAGGACUUCCAAUUAGACUGGGUGAAGUGGAUUGUCCAUUCUACUUGAAAACUGGCAGUUGCAAGUAUGGUACCAGUUGCCGCUACAAUCACCCUGACAGAAACGCAAUCAAUUCAUGCAAUGCAACAAUGGUUCAUCCUGCUAUGGUCUCAGCAUCUAAUAUGAAUAUUGGACUUGUUAAUCCGUCUAAUGCUAUUUAUCAAGCAAUUAAUCCCAGAUUGAUUCAGCCACCUUUAGGAUCCAGCUCAAGUAUUUACCCUCAACGACCUGGGCAGAUAGAAUGUGAUUAUUAUAUGAAGACUGGGGACUGUAAAUUUGGGGAAAGAUGCAAAUUUCAUCACCCUAUUGAUCGGUCAGCACCAAAGCAGGCUGCUCAACAAAACGUCAAAUUGACACUAGCAGGCCUACCCAGGAGAGAGGAUGCCAUAAUUUGUCCAUAUUAUCUGAAAACUGCCACAUGCAAGUAUGGUUCUACUUGCAAAUUUGACCACCCACCUCCUGGAGAAGUUGUGGCAAUGGCAGCAAUACAAACUGUUCAAGGAAAAGAGGGUGAAGAACGGAUAGAUGAAUAGGUUGAUGAAUAGCAGCAGUAGAGAUUCUGGUGAAAUUUAUAAAUGUGGUAUAGGCUUCCUUUUGGUAUGGUAUCUCCCGCUCCUUAAAUCUAGUGUCGACUUGCACAACAGUUGUAACUUUUUAAAAUAAUUUGUAUGUUGAAGCAAACUCAGAAGGAAGCUUGGUUUCAUUAAUGGUGCAUCAAAUUAGUUCCUUAUUAGACUCAGCAAAAUUUGUACGUUUCCUCUUUUUUGUAAUAUGCGCAUAUUGGCACAUAAAUGAAGUUAAGAAAUGUCUCGAUCCUUUUCAA